AUGGCAAAAUUCAUGAAUAAUCAUAGUAGUAGUUGCGGCCAGGUGACUGGGCUUCUUGAUCAAGAGUCCACUGUCCUGGCUAGCUGCUACUCUGUUGAAUCAUCCACUAAGGUUGAUGGCUUCCACUACUGCAGUACCCUGGGCGCCGGUAUGUUAUCUCCUCAUGAUCACCCCAGUCUUUAUGUCACAUUCUCACUCCCUGAGCAGGAGCACAGUGGUAUCCCUGAGGUCCCCUCAGGGUCUAAAUCAUUCAUGCGAAGUCCUCCCCUCGACCGUCCCGCCAGCAUAGAACGAAGCUGGCCUGGGAACAACUGGCCCGAGUACAAAGGGGAGGCAACACAUACCAUUCAGGAAGAGUGUGAGAGGCUCUUCUGUGACAAACUGUUCACGACAUUCCUUGGUGAGGAGAAUGGCAUGACACAGGAGUCACUAGGAAUGGGUGUGUUCCAAAAUAUCCAGGCACAUCAUAUGGGACCUAUGCAUGAUCGAAUCCGCCGAUGGAUUGAAGUGUGGGAUUACAGCAGCGAUGCUAUUUACCGUGGAUUUGUGGCAGACAUGGAUGGAGAACGAACACUAUUUGUCUUCCUCGAAGACGGAACACUUGGUCAUGGCUUGAAGUCUGGACUGAUAGCUCUAUUUGAACUGGCUGGAAUCGAUGCCUUUGACUGUUCUCAAAUUGUUGCCUGUGUCAAGCGCUCACAGCAGACAAACGAAAUGGAGCUUGUCCGGAGUCUUGGAUGGUGUGGAUUCAGUCUGACCACUUUAGGGCCAUGGGUCAGAGGUGGUGAUGCGGGUCCGGCCCUCAGCAACAAGUGGCUCUUCCUGGUUGCUGAAACCUAG